AUGUCUGGGGAAGUCGCAGGUCGCAGCAAGUCUUUUCUGUGGGCACUUGAGUAUUUUCACGGGUUUGUAGAAUUACCUGUAAGCUGUCAACCUGAGCCUCAGGGUCUUGCAAGGAAGGCUGCAGACUCUGAAAUAGCAGGGGGAACAGAAGAGUCACCUUUGAAGGAUAAUCUUUCACCAUGGCAAGAAUGGUUCAUUGGCAAAGAGAAGGAACUACGUGCCCGCUUACAAGCUAGAGCUGCAGAGGAAAUUGCUAUACAGCUUAAGCAGGUGAAGCAAAAGGAAGAAUAUGAAAAGAGGAGAAGAAUUGCUGAAGAGAAGCACAAGGAAUGGGUUCAAAAAAAAAGAGAAGAGAGGGAAAGGGAAAGAAAGCUGAGCAAAGAAAUGUCAGAAAAAGCCACAAGGGAACUAGAAAAAAUGCAGUUAAAAGAAAAGGCUGAAAUAAAAUAUAAAGAAUGGUUAAAGAAGAAGAGAGAUGAAGAGACAGAAAAAAAGAAGAAAGAGAAGGAGAAAGAAAAAGAAAGGGAAGCUGAGCUACAGGAGAAGAAAGCAAAAUCAGAGAAGAUCUUUAAGGAAUGGCUCCAUAAUGCUAGAAAUAAACCACGUCCUGUUUUAAAUAGUUAUGGCUUCCCACAUGGGAAGUCUGCAGGGUAUGCUAGUGGAAAUUCCUAUCCAGCUCCAGCAUAUUGUAAUCCCAUUCCUUGGAAACCUGUACAUGUGCCUCCUCCAAAGGAAGAAAACGUUCAUACCGUGAAGAAGAGUAAGAGACCUGUAUCCUCUCAGUCACGUGUGCCUUUGCCUGUGGUAAUUUAUAAGCCCAAGAGCAACCUUUGUGUUGGAUCCUUGUGCAAAGAGAAGAAAGAAAAGGGCUCUGAUGGACAAGGUGCUGUACAAACACACGGCAUCCACACGGGUAUUAUCACAGACCCACAGGCUGAAAGGAUUUUGAAAGAUCAGAGUUUACCAUGCUGCCCUAAGGUAGCAUCUCAAGUAAAAGGACCUAUCAAAGAAAAAGUGCUGUUUGAGGUGGAUAGCUGGGAUAAGUGGGAUACAAAAAGGAGGGAGGGAACUCAAUAUGGGAAAGCAUUGGAAAAACCUCAGCUGGACUUCUCUGGCCUUGCAGCUCAAGAGGAUGUGGACCAGUUGGAAAGAGCCCAAGGAGGAGCACUGAGCAUAAUUAGAGGUCUUGGACCAAGGAG